ACAGAUAAUCAAGGGCAACUCCGAUUGCUUGUCCUGUUAUAGGUUUUUGGUCACAUCACACUCGGUUCCUUGGCGACGAUUCCCAAUCAAACGAAACAAUACCCGGAGUUCAAAACAGUUGGAAUUCGUUCCUGUUUUGAUUAAAAAUUCAUUGUGCAACAGGACAUGCUUCCUGCUUUGUAAAUUUUACCGAAAUAUGCUUCAUAAGAGUUCCCGUCCCGGUUACAAGAGAGUGAUCAAAAAGACGGCUUUGUGGCUGAUUGCGGCGGAAGCGAUUGGCUUCGGUGUCACAUACGCGGGCUGGUAUCGAUUGAAUACAAACAGAGAUUUCAGACAUUACGUAAAAGAAAACUAUCCCACGAUUUUGGAAAGCUAUUAUCAAUUAGGCGAGUUUUUGGGCGGGGACUCAGCAAUCCGUAGUCUGGACGAGCAGAUUUGGGUUCAACAGCGUGCUGUUGGUGAAAGCGGCACCAAAUCAUGAAUGUUUACACCAAGUCCAUAUUGUAUCUAGCAGUCUUUGGUGGUGCCGGCUACGUACUCUCCGAAGUAACCAAACCAAGCAAAGAGAAAAUAGAACUACUCAAACGGCAUCAUCGUGCAGACAACAAUUUGGGAAA